AUGGCCCCCCACAAGAAGAACAAUGGCAAAGCAACUGCGGCCGCUAUCCCAGAGGCUCGGCUUACUGAAGCAGAAUGCCUGGCUGCCGUUGAUGCCUUGUUGGAGAAGAAGAAUCCGAUGAGCCGCUGCGAGUACUGCGUGGAGCAACAUAACAAGUGCCUCCCAAUCCCGACCUUCGCUCUCCACCAGUUCAAUCGCCUUGCCGAUGCCUUCCAGCUAUAUCGCGACGCCGUCCAGCACGAUGAGGAGGCCUUCUCCAAGACCUUAGCCAACAACCGUGCUAAGAUCUUAGCAGCCGUCCAGGAGAAAUAUACAGCCUACGUCAUGCAAGGCAAGAAUCUCCUUCGUCGCCGCCACCGCGUGGGUCACGACUCGCAGCCGCAGAAGGUGAAUCUCAGCCUCGCCCUCCUUGAGAUCGCGUCGGAGGUCCAAAGCCUGCGCUGCACUACUCGUCUUAGCAAUGACCUCCAGAAGGCUAUCCACCGCCACCUUCCUGACGUCGCCCUGGCUGAGGAGUACGAGUCUUCUGACAGCGAGGACGACGCGGACCGGGAACAUCCCAUGUUCCAACACGCCCCUUACGCU